AAACGGCUGAGCCUCCAGGUGCACCUGUUCCCCAGUUGCUGCUGCACCAGGAGAGGAAUAACUCCCUUUUCUUUCCUGGAAUAGGUCAAUAGAUGUUGAAGCAACAGCGUCAGUGAGAAGUUCAGCUGUAGAACCGGAGGUCGUCUCAAUAUUUUCUUCUCUCAGAUUUUGAUGCUCUAAACUUAUAUUGUUUCAUCGAGUGGAACGAAGACUUGGAUGGAAAACUCAAUCUUCUCUGUCGUCUGACUGACUGAUGGAGCUGACGGCACAGGCAGUGCGCACAUGCGGAUAUUUCUAACCGGACCAGUUAACAGCAAGAAUGAAGACAAAUCCUCAGGUUUUUAUUUAGACUACAAUAUCUACAGAGAUGAAGAGUAACACAUUUUUUAUUUGAUGUCUUUAAGACUGAAAAUAAAAGCAUUUAUUUUUCAUAACUUGUGAAUAAGAAUGAAGAUUUGUCAUAAUUUUUCCUUUCUGCGCGGAUGAAGACAAAUCCAUUAGUUUUUUAUGAAACGUAUCUGCUCCUAAACAUUUAAUUUCACUAUUUAAACCGUUGCAGAUAUCGACCUGUGUGUUUGAAACUAGCUGCUGAACAUUAUGUUGAUCAAACGUUUUGGGAACAUAAUGUUUGGACAGUUUCCCAUAAAAGUUUAGCGUUUUCUUUACUCGUCAAACUCGGAGUGAAAACUUCAACAACUGAAACCUGGGAAUUUCCUCAACUCCUGAAGAAAGAGUGAACUUCCACUGGAAAGCACUGAUGGUCGAGAGGACAGUUGGGAUUUAAUCCUCGUCGUGAUACGAUGGAUAAGACAGGGUGGACACACACUCCGCACACACCUGGAAACACACAGAGAAGCUCAUUUAGUCAAACCCGUGACGAUGCCGUGUGCCCGCUCUCGUCUCGACCAGACGGGGAAGAUGCCUUCCAGCUGCAUCUCUGUGGUUGAUAAAAUCCUCAUGGUAGAGCAGAUCCUGUCAGAGUUCAGAGUGAAUGAGGAAGAGCUCAAAGAAAUCAUGAGGCGGAUGCAGCGUGAAAUGGAGAGAGGACUGCGUUUAGAGACGCACGAGGAGGCCAGUGUCAAAAUGCUGCCCACUUACGUGUGCUCCACCCCUGAGGGCUCAGAGGUGGGGGAUUUCCUGGCUCUGGACCUGGGGGGUACAAACUUCCGUGUCAUGCUGGUCAUAGUGGGUGAAGACGAGGAGAGGAGCUGGAAGGUAGAGACCAAGAACCAGAUGUACUCCAUUCCUGAAGAUGCCAUGACAGGGACGGCUGAAAUGCUCUUUGACUACGUAGCAGAGUGCAUGUCUGACUUUUUGGACAAACAUCACAUCAAGCACAAGAAGCUUCCACUGGGGUUUACCUUCUCCUUUCCAGUGCGACAUGAGAACAUUGACAAGGGAAUCCUCCUUAACUGGACCAAAGGCUUCAAGGCCUCUGGGGCUGAGGGGAACAACAUUGUGGGUUUACUCCGAGAUGCCAUCAAGAGACGAGGAGACUUUGAGAUGGACGUGGUCGCCAUGGUGAACGACACAGUGGCCACCAUGAUCUCCUGCUAUUACGAGGACCGCAGCUGCGAGGUCGGGAUGAUUGUUGGCACUGGUUGUAACGCCUGUUACAUGGAGGAGAUGAGGACUGUGGAGCUGGUAGAAGGGGAGGAGGGCCGGAUGUGUGUGAACACAGAGUGGGGGGCGUUCGGGGGCAACGGGGAGCUGGAGGAGUUCAGACUGGAGUACGACCGAGUGGUGGACGAGACCUCCAUUAACCCCGGAAAACAGCUGUACGAGAAGAUGAUCAGUGGUAAGUACAUGGGAGAGCUGGUGCGGCUUGUUCUGAUGAAGCUGGUGAAUGAAGACCUGCUGUGUAACGGGGAAGCCUCGGAGCUGCUGAAGACACGUGGCAGCUUUGAGGCGCGUUACGUCUCACAGGUAGAGAGUGAUACUGGAGACAGGAAACAAAUCUACAACAUCCUGUCAUCACUGGGCAUUUUGCCGUCAGAGCUGGACUGUGAUAUUGUGCGUCUGGUCUGUGAGAACGUUUCCACCCGCUCUGCUCACAUGUGCGCUGCAGGACUCGCAGGUGUGAUCAACAUAAUGCGGGAGCGACGCAGCCAGGAGGCCCUGAAGAUCACAGUGGGGGUCGACGGGUCCGUGUACAAGCUGCACCCGUGUUUCCGUCACAGGUUCCACAAAGUGGUCAGGGACCUCACGCCUCACUGUGAGAUCACCUUCAUCCAGUCGGAGGAGGGCAGCGGCCGUGGAGCGGCUCUUAUCUCAGCAGUGGCCUACGUGCAGCUUCUCCGGGCUCUGAGGGAUGUGUGUCAGUGAGCUUCAUACUCACGACUGGAUGAUGUACAGACAAGAACGCAGCAAACAGUAUUGUAGACUGUAUUUGAUAGUGUUGGACAACGUUGUAGCAAUAUCAGUGUUAUUGUAAAUUAAAGAAUUGGUUUCCUGUUGCACCCAAAAGAUUAGGCGGCUCAUUUAAAAUAUUAUCACCUUGUGUAUCACUGCCUGUAGAUAAUUUUUCUGGUGUGGGCUGCUCCAUUUUGAAAAUGGCACAUAUAUUAUUGAUGGUAGUUUAUGAUUACACCAGUAAAAACUGGUUGAUGUGUAGCACAGGGAUUGUUUUUGUAAAUGCUGUUGUAAACUAUACGACCACGUCAAAUUCAUUGCUUUGUUGUGUAGUAAAUCCUGUUUGUAAACGACGACAUAUUUCUUUGAGAUCUUAUGUUUAAAUCUAAAUGUUUAUAACUCGUUUAUGAUGUGUGUUUGCCAGUAAUUUGUAAUUUUUUCACAUGUGCACAAUGAAAUGUACUUUGGAUGUGAAUAAGCUUAACUGUAAAUAAAACAACUCAAUUAGAAUGAAAAAGAAUUGAAUUGAAUUCAUCUUAUUGCUUUUUAUGUUUUUUAGAUUUAUGUCACACGAUAUUAUUGUAAUGAGUUCCUGGUAAUACACCAUUAACACAAUGAGAAAACUGAAGCCUGAAGUGUAAUAAUCCUAUUAAUGUUACAUCAAUGAAGUAGAAGCUGAACAUGAACAUAAUAUAUUUGAAUAAACUCUUUAAAUCA